AUGGGGUUUGCCUUCAAUGCCGGCGACAAAACAACGCCUCGCGAGGUAUUCAACAGCAAGCUGCUCUUGGUCAUUCUGGUGGCCAGUUGUGGCUCGAUCAUUUUUGGCUAUGAUUUAGCAUUCAUCGUGGGCGUCUUCUCUCUCCCUUCUUUUAUUACUAGAUUUAAUCUUGACGGCCAGGACUCCUCGGCUAUCCAAGCUCACAUGGUGAAUAGUUUUCAAGGAGGCGCAUUCUUCGGCGUCAUGGUGGCUUACAUCGUGAAUGAAAAGUUCGGUCGGAGAUUUGCCCUCCUCUGGGGGUCUAUCAUUUUCAACAUUGGAGUCAUACUAUGCAUGGCCUCUCCGGGAAACAUUCCAUUGUUCUAUGUCGGGCGUAUCAUCAGCGGCUUGGGUGUUGGAGCCACCACAUUUGCAGUGCCUCAGUAUCUUUCAGAGUGCGCCCCUGCUUGUGCUCGGGGAGGCAUAGUUGGAUGCUUCGAGAUCGGCACUCAAGUCGGCACAAUCACUGGGUUCUGGAUAAACUACGGGGUCCAGCAGACAAUUGACCCAAUUGGAGACAAGCAAUGGUUUAUUCCCAUCGCCUUUCAGUUUAUUCCAUCUGGUCUCAUGGCUGCUGGACUGUUCUUGCUCUCCGAAAGUCCCCGUUGGCUAUUCUCCAAACACCGAAACGUGGAGGCCGUGAAAGCACUAACUUGGCUGCGUCAAUUGCCUGCGGAGCACCCAUAUGUGGCUAACGAACUUGAAGAUUAUCAGAGACAAGUGGAGCAUGAGGCAGAUCUGGCUCCAGAAGAAAGUUUCCGGGCUAUUCUGAAAGAAACCUUUAGCCCAAGGAUACUCCCCCCGGUCUCUUUCUUUGCCACUCUUGGUUUCCACGGAACGUCCGUCAAACUUCUGUCUACUGGGAUCUACGGAAUUGUGAAAGGUGUGGCAGCUACCGUCACCUUUCUGUUCCUUGUCGACCGCUUCGGACGCCGCCCUCUUCUUUUUGUGGGCUCGAUAAUGUGUGCCUUUUCUAUGUAUUAUGUUGCAGCCUUCUCGGCAAUCACCGAUUCUUUCCACUCGUCACAAGAACCCAGCUCUGCUAGCUACUCCGCCGUUGCGUUUAUCUACAUAUUUGGAGCCGGUUAUUCUGUUGGUUGGAAUAUUCCUUGGAUCGUCGCCUCGGAGAUCUUUCCCACUCGAAUUCGCUCUUUCUGUCUCGUCCUCACAACUUGCUCGCACUGGCUGGGCGAAUUUUACACCUCAUAUGCCGUGACAUAUAUGUUCGCAAGCAUAACCUAUGGGACAUUUCUUUUCUUCGGAUCAAUGACAGUGCUAGGAGGCAUUUAUGUGUACCUUUUUCUACCAGAAACCAAGGGUAUCCCGUUGGAGAAUAUGGAUGACCUAUUUGGCGAGAAGGGCUUUGCGGUACAGCAAAUGAGGCGAUUUAGGGAGUCCCAGAGGCAAUUGGCCGUUAUUGAAGGACGGGAGGAGGAUCUAAAAGAGCAGAAUCUUUCAGUGAAGGAGAAUUCGAUGUAG